UUAGAUAGUUUUGUUUGUUACGAAUCUGGACAUCUUUAUACAAAAGCCUUGUAUUUCCUGGCGGCUUGCUCCUUGCUGUUGAAAUUCAUCAAAACUCUCCAUUUCCUCGUAGAUCUUUUCUUCCCUCUGCUGGUAAUUCCUUUGCUAAGAUCUGGCUCCUGGAUUUUCCUUAAGACGUAUAAGUGCAGCCUUUGCUUCAUAAUUUAGAUCCCUCAUAACGUCGAUCAGAGUGUUCAGUGGUGGAUGAUCGACACCUGCCAGAACUUGUAACCGCCUGUGAAAAGCUUUAGCGAGAUUAGUAGUUCUCAACUCCUUGAGCUUCCAUUUACACUACAGAUCUUUGAGUGACCCACUCAUCCAGUUGCUUUUCAUGUAGUCAAGGAACUCCUGGCAUUUGCCGUACGCGACAUUGUCGCGGGGCACAGGAGGCCUCUCGUAGACUGCCCUCGUUCCCCUUUCUCCUACAUAUUUCGCAGGGCUACAUUCAUGGGCCAGAGUGCACGGAUCACUCAUAAACUCAUCGCCAAUGACUCAUUAUUUACUUCAAUGGCAGGUUCCAUUGAUUUAAUUCCAUGUCUUUCGUUCUCCCUUCUGCACUGA